AUGUUCAAUCGUACUCUUCCUCGUUUCGCCGGUUUUGUCUACCGCGAAAACCGCGUUCCUUACUACCAGCGUCUGUUCCAGUCGCACGAUGGCAAGCGUCAAUGGUGGAAGACUGGCCGCUCCGGUGCCAUUCUCUACCCUUACUACAUCUCUCUCUACGGCACAUCUGCUGGUAUGUUUCACUCUGUGGAUAGACUCGCCAAUCCGUACUCAACUGCUAACUUAUAUGAUCUUUCAGUCACUCUCUAUGCCAUGAUCCGCAUCACUCUUGGCCACAAGACUUUCUUCGGCAAGGACUAA